AUGAGAUUAUUUGGAUAACUUUCCUCUAUCUAUGUAUCUGAAGAGAUUAUAUUUUAUCAUAACACUUUUAACCAAAAUGGAAAAAUCUUAAAAGCAACAGGUAAUUAAUGAAUUAAAAAUAAAAUUGAUAGGUUAAGUAUAAUCAAGGAAUACAUAUACUAUGUGUGAUUUCUUUAAUUAUGUCAAAUAUGAUUCAAUAUAAAAAGUUAUUCAAUUAUUUAAUAAUGGCUUUUCGAUAUUAGCGUAAACAGAAUUGAAUGAUAAGAUUGACUAUUGCCUUAUAGGAUUAAAUGGAGAAUUUAUUAUUAUAACUGGCAAAAUUAUUUUUUCAACUAUCAAUGAAAGAUUUUAAAAAAUGUAAAAUAAAAUUUCCAGAUUAAUAUAGACUAGAAAGCUAAAUUAUUUAUGCAGGAUAUAUUUAUGAAAUACCAACAAUUAUUGUCUAGAAAACAAACCGAAUCUGUGUAUAUUCUAUUUUGAAUGAAAUUUAAGAGGAUUAUUGUCUUAAAAGUUUGAAGGGUGGUAAAGUUAUUGAAUUUGGAAAAACACUUAUAUAUUAUGAUAAUUAAUUUGCUUAUAAUUUAAAAGACAAAAAUGCAAGAGAAAUAAAUAUUGAAUUAAUUAGAAAAACUUCUCAAUUUUUGGGUUUCUCUUAAACUUUAGUUAUAAGAACUUCAAAAAAGAACAAAUAAAUUGUAGAUUUGAAAGGAUAGGUAGAAUAUGAAUUUCACUCUAGCUCAUAUGUUGUAGAAAAUUUAGAGACUUAAAAGUACUACUUUUUCGUAAAACAAGAAUAAAACUAGCUUAUAAUAGAAAGCUUAGAUAGAGAAACAUAAUAAUUAACUAUUUAAAUAAUUUAAAUAUCUAACAAUUCAAUUAUUAUUAGUGUAUUUUUAAUUGAUUUAUCUAAACGAUAGUUUUUGAUUUAAUAUUAAGAUUUAUAAACUAUUUUACUAGAAAAUAAAUCAAUAUUAUGGUCAACUGAACAAUCAUUAAUUAGUAUAGAAAAUGUAUUCUAUUAAUAAUAUGUGAAUGAAAAAUAAACUAUAAAAAAUUCAUACUAUGAAUCUUUAAAAAAAAAUAAUUAAAAUCCUUUUUUUUUACUUCAAAAUGCAAUGCUUAGAAUUUUGAAUGAAAUAAAAGAUUUUAAAUAAAUUAUGAUUUAGAUUAUUGAUGAUAUAAGAGAUUAUUUUAAUUUAGAAGAUAAUUAUAUCAAAAAGAUGGAAAGAUAUUAAAUUGAAAAAAACAUAAUGUAAUAAAGUUAUGGUCUCAAACAAAAAGUUUGUUUUUUGACAACUUACAAAACAUUAUUAUGUUAUGACUCCAUAGAACUUUAAUUACUAUAAAAAGCACAAAUAAAUAAUUUGGAUUAAUCAUUUAAAUUAGUGGCAAUCCAUAAAAUAGAGUAUAUAAUUAUAUUUAUGAUCCUUUAGUCCGAAAUUUGUUUAGAAUUAUAAUAAUUAGGAAGCCUCUUAAGUUCAUAUUCUAUUAUAUUAUUCAGAUCAAAAAAAGAAACUUUUAAUCUUCUUAUUAGAUUUAUCUCAUGGCAUGAUCUAAUAAAUGGCUUAGAAAAUUUCUAAAAAGAUUUUAUGGACUUUUCCAUAUAAAAUAGGAUCUAGUUAAUAUAAUAAUCUAAUAGUUUUAAUUGAUGAGGAUGAAAAUGUAUUUACAUAUCCUAAAAACGAUUAAUUUAGAAAUAAAGAAAUAAUACUUUAUAGAAAUGAUAAUGGGAUUUUGAAAGGAUAUAAACUAAUUGAUAAAAAUCUAGUGAAUAUAUGGAGUAUAUAUAUAAAAGAGAAAAUAUAAAUGAUAAGAUCAUCUUAUGAAUUUGGUUAAGAGAAUGGUAAAAUUGCUAUUUGGGAUGACAGAAAAGUGAUUUAUAAAUUGAUUGACCAUUCAAAUUUUGCUAUUCUUACUUCAGAUGAAGAUUCUCUUAAAUUGUAUAUUUUAAAUGCAAAAACAGGAAAAGUAAUAUUUUAAAGUGUUUAAAAUGAAGCAGAUCUUGAAUAACCAAUAAAUUUAGUUUUUGAUGAGCAUUAAGUUUUUGUUACUUAUUAUAAUUAAGCUUAAAUGAUGUUUGAGAUAUGGACUACAGAGAUUUAUCAUUCUAGAAUUGAAUUUUCUUUUAUAAAUAUGUUAGAGGAUUAUUAUUUCUCUCUUAAUCCCAUAAUUACAAAUUAUUAUUAGGCAGAAAGCGAAAUAGUUUUUUUAUAGUAAAUUUAUGGAUAUCCUUUGGGAAUAAAACAUUUAGGAAUUUCAAAAAGCAAAAAAUCUUUAACUAAAAAAAAUUUAUUAAUUAUAACUACUUUUGGCCAAUUACAUUCAUUAGAUAGAAACAUAGUUUCAGCAAGAAGAAGAAUAUCACCAAUUAUUGAAUAAUCAUUAUAGUCUACUGAUUUAUCUCCUUAUUAGUAUGAAAUUCCUAUAAAUUUCUUUAAUAUACUUACUGGUUCUGAAUAGGUAAUUUUAUAUGUUUUUAAAAAUUAGUAUGAUUUUUAAAGGUUUUCUCUAGAAGUUACAAAAUUAGAGUCCUCUACCUUACUUUUAUUAUAUGGACCUGAUAUAUAUUUCACAAUAAUAUAAGUGGAUAAAGUAUUUCUAAUUAUAUAUGAUAGUCAUAUGAUAUGUUACAGGAGGACUUUAACUAUGAUUUAUUAAUAAUAACAGUUAUGAUUGCCAUAUUGGCAACUUAAGUGUUACAUAAAUUAUUAAAAUUUAGUUAAUAUAGAAGAUAAUUCUAAGGAAUUUGA